AUGGCUAGCAUUGGGGACGAUGAGUUGUAUUCAUCAUGCAAGGAAGAUGAAGAAACCAAGUCUUUAACAGAAGCGAUGACAGGACAGAUUACAUUGGAAGAGGACAGUGCGGUGGCGCCAUCUUUCGGUGAUGCGAGGUGUUGUUUGGUUGAAGACGCAGCGAAUGGUUCAACUUAUCAGGAACAGAGAGUGAUGGAUGAAAAAAUUGCUCCCAUCGAACAACAGCUUCAGUACUUGCUGAAUAAGGCAGAUGAGUUACAGGCAGAGCUUGUGUGGAGUCUAGAUGGCUUCCAGAAUGAUGGGCUGGCCCAUAUUAUUACAAUGUUCCUGCAAACUUGCCAGCCAUAUUUCACUUACCUGGAGUCCACAGCAAGAAACUCCCACCCUCUGCACCCACCCCUUUCCAUAUACAUACGCACACAGCUUUUGCAGUUCUCGCAGCAACUGUGCUCUCGUCUGGAGCAGCUGGUGUUAAUGUAUGCUUCCUUCAAUAUCAUCUCUGUAGAGGAAACCGAUCCAGAGAGUAUCUCACACUUCUGUAUUGGCCAGUCUCAAAUAGACAACAUAAAGCUGUCAAUUUUCCGGUACUCUUGCCCCACCCCUUUUCUUGCCUCAGCCAGUACCGGGCUAUACAAGCGUAUGCGCUGGAAUGUCGAGCGAGAGAUAGAAGCGGAGGGAUGUCACAGUGAAGAAUUUUAUUUUCUGUGUUUUGAGGAUGUACUCAAGGAAGCAGAUGACGACACAGGAGAAAAUAAUGAAGGACAGACAGCAACAGAGAGAAAGAACAUAAUGAUGAGAAUCUGGUCUAUUGGUCAGUGGAUCCAGACAUACCCUGAGUCUGACGACAUCGCUGACUGGGUGUUGUGUCCAGUCCCUUGUGGUCAAUACAAGCAGCUGUUGUGUUUGGGAAACGAGGAGCCGCCAUCUUGCACUGCCACAGACUUCCUGCUGGGGGUGCUGCUGUCUGAGGAACUAGAUGUUACAUGUGUCACUGAAACAUGAGGUCGUACAUCCACAAAGCCUCUGGUAAAGACUAAGAGUAUUGUUUACAUUUGUUAGUUUGUGUUGUUAGCAGUUGUGAUGCUCCGAUUUUCAUAGUUCAAAUGUUUUAGCCUAUUUUUUUUCUUAACUCAGCGUUCAUUUUACAUUUGGUUUGUUUGUGUGCUAGCUUUGUACUGUAUCAUUUUUACUGUGUUUUAUGGUAAACGACCCACACAUUC